UGACUCCUCACUGCUCAUCUCUAUAGAGCUGACAGUCCUGUGAAAUACUGUGAAGUGUGUUGUUGUUCUAACACUAGAAGAGGAAGAAGAAGAGUCUCUCCAGUUUCCCUCCACCGCCUCCAUCCAGGACUUUAGGACCAGGUCCGGCUCGACUCUCCCAGGUCUCACCAUGUCCACUGACCCUGCAGCUGAGCUACCUUUCUACUACGGCAGCAUCAGCCGUACAGACGCCGAGCAGCAUCUGAAGUUGGCCGGGAUGGCUGACGGCCUCUUUUUGCUGCGAAAGUGUCUCCGCAGUCUGGGAGGCUACGUCUUGUCCAUCGUGUGGAACCUGGAGUUUCAUCAUUACUCCGUAGAGAAACAACUCAAUGGGACUUACUGCCUUGCUGGAGGGAAGCCUCACUGUGGGCCUGCAGAGCUCUGUGAGUUUUACAGCAAAGAUGCUGACGGGCUGGUGUGCACCCUGAGGAAACCUUGUCUUCGCUCCCCGGAUACUCCGAUACGACCCGGCGUGUUUGACAGCCUGAGAGAGAACAUGCUCAGGGAGUACGUGAAGCAAACCUGGAACCUGGAGGGAGAAGCCAUGGAGCAGGCCAUCAUCAGUCAAGCUCCUCAACUCGAGAAGCUGAUCGCCACUACGGCCCACGAGAAGAUGCCUUGGUAUCACAGUAAAAUCAGCCGCCAGGAAGGUGAGAGACGGCUUUACUGUGGAGCACAACCAGACGGAAAGUUUCUAAUUAGAGACAGAGAGGAGUCUGGUUCGUUUGCUCUCUCCUUGGUAUACGGGAAAACAGUUUAUCACUAUCAGAUCCUCGAGGACAAAUCAGGCAAACUGUCCAUGCCAGAGGGAACAAAGUUUGAUACAGUCUGGCAGCUGGUUGAAUACCUGAAGAUGAAAGCUGAUGGCCUGGUGACUAUUCUCGGGGAGGCUUGUGUUUACGGAAAAGCUGCUGAAAAGACACCAAAUCUUCCCGUAUCAAGGCGGCCCGGCUCAAAUGGAUACACACCGCCACCUCGAGCUCCUGGAGCCUCGAAGCCAGUGACCACUGUGCCUGAAGACCGUGAGGUUCUGCCGAUGGACUGCGCUGGAUUCAACCCGUAUCACAACCCCAAUGACAUCAAGAGAUUCAACAUCAAGAGGAGUCAGCUGCUGAUGGAUGAGGUGGAGCUUGGCUCUGGGAACUUUGGCUGUGUCAAGAAGGGCGUCCUCAAGACAGAAUCAGGUCAGGUGGAUGUUGCCGUCAAGGUGCUGAAGAGUGACAACGAGAAGCUGGUGAAGGAGGAGAUGAUGAGGGAGGCAGAGAUCAUGCACCAGCUGAGUAACCCCUUCAUUGUUCGCAUGCUCGGCUUGUGCAACGCUGAGAAUCUGAUGCUGGUCAUGGAGAUGGCCUCUGCUGGACCUCUCAACAAAUUCCUCUCCACCAAAAAGGAUACUGUACCUGUGGAGAACAUUGUCAACCUGAUGCACCAGGUGUCCAUGGGGAUGAAGUAUCUGGAGGAGAAGAACUUUGUGCACCGAGAUUUAGCAGCUCGCAACGUCCUGCUGGUCAACCAACAGUUUGCCAAAAUCAGUGACUUCGGCCUCUCCAAGGCGCUGGGAGCAGACAACAACUACUACAAAGCUCGUACUGCAGGUAAAUGGCCUCUUAAGUGGUACGCUCCAGAAUGCAUGAACUUCCACAAAUUCUCCAGCAAAAGUGAUGUGUGGAGUUUUGGUAUCACCAUGUGGGAGGCCUUUUCUUAUGGAGGGAAGCCUUACAAGAAAAUGAAAGGACCAGAAGUGAUGCGCUUCAUUGAAAGUGGGAACCGCAUGGAGAGUCCAGCAGCAUGUCCAGAGCGAAUGUACACGCUGAUGAAAGAGUGCUGGACAUACUCGCAUGAGGAGCGUCCUGACUUCAACAAGGUGGAGGAGUCCAUGAGGUCCUACCAUUACUCCAUAUCCAGCAAGGCCAAGCCUGAGGGAGCCGAAGCCGCCGCUGAGCCUACCAAGUAGACAGAAGAAAGGCACAUUCUGUUCCAGCGCUGCACAAAGCGUCCUUUCAGCCAGCCAUUAGACAACCAAAACAAAGAGUGUUUUAUGAACGUUGUACACUGAUCAGCUUUGACUACAGUGCCGAUAUGCAGCUAAACAGGCCUCGGCGACAAUAAAUGUGCAUUUGUAAAUCGUGUAUCCGCCAUUUAAGGAUGUCUGUCAUGGUUUGAAUGUUAAGUGUCUUCACAUUGAUGAAAAAAACUUAUUUUAUAUUCUGGUAUUUUCAGAGAAGAAUGGGAGUAUGACAUGUGUAAGACUUUUUCACUGCAUCUGUUGACACCUAAGAGCAGCUUAUUGGUUUUUAAGCCAAAAGAAGUACACAGAAAGUCAUGAUUGCAUUUAUUUUAACUGAUCAGAAAUGACGUGUUGUGUUUUAGGGAGGAAUGUAGCAAUUGAUGUUUUUGUCAUGCUGAAUAAAUGAAUAUCAUUCAGUA